AUGCCGAAGAAGCUUGAACCUCCGCAGAGAGAUACCGGCAUACCGAGCGAAUUGGACAUCAACAUCGACAUAGAUGAAGAACACACGAAAAAGAUGAAAGGUAUCGAUCCCGAAACCGGGAACUCGUGGUUCCGGGAAAGCGGCGUCGAUCGAGGCGAAGGCGGGUACCGGUGUCGAUGGACGGUGAAAGGCGGGGCGGCGCCGGAUAAGAGCUGGGAGUAUAGGGAGACGCACUGGGAGAAAGCGGAUUUGAGCGGGUACCGAGAGUUGGGCGCGGAGAAGAGCGGGUUCAACGAGAAAGGAGAGACGUGGUGGGAGACGUGGAGGGAGUUGUAUAACACGUCGGAGAGUAGUAGUAGUAGUAGCGAGGAGAAUAAUAACGAGAAUAAUAAUAAUAGCAACGACGACGAUCAUCAUCCAUUAUCGGCUUCGUGUUGUCAGAUGGUUGAACGCUCCGCCGAUAAGUGGGCGCGACACGUGGACACGAAUUCAGAUUCCUCGCGAGAGUGGCAAGAGAAGUGGUGGGAACGGUUUAGCUCGGAAAACACGUGCGAUCGAGGCGUGGAAAAGUCCGGACGAGAAAAUAGACACGCGUGGUGGGAAAAAUGGGGCGAACACUACGAUCCAAACGGUAUUUCCUUGCGAUGGACGGAUAAAUGGGCCGAAAACGAUAAAGGCGUUCGGUGGGGCGAUAAGUGGGAAGAGCGCUUGAAAUCAACCUCCGGAGACGGCGCGAAAAGUGGCGAAACGUGGCGAGAAGAACCGAACGGGGAGGUUUGGAGACGAACGUGGGGUGAAGAGGUAUUCGAGAACGGCGAGGUGAGGAAAUAUGGCGAAUCAACGACGGACGAGAAAUGGGACGUGACGACGAGGACGGGCGAAAGCGCCAAAACGCCGUACUUCGACGGCGGGAAACCAGACACCUGGGAAGAGGCGCUGAGGAAAAGCGAAAAGUUAUUGAACAUUCAGUUAGACGAUUCUUCGACGGACGAGAGCGAUUACGAGUAG